GAAGCCCGGCCGCCCUCGGCAGGAACACUACAAUUCGGGCAGCGAUCAUGUUACGGCUGCGUUGUAAAGCGCGGAAUGGCUCCUUUCCGCUUCCCGGCCUCACGGCACAUUCCCGUCUACACGAACUCCAGGGCGUGAUCGCUGCCCUCACCGGUGUCCCCAUCCAGGCCCAGCGCCUGCUGCUCGGCUUCCCCCCCUCGUGCCUCGACCUCAGUGAUGAAGAGCAGCGCCUCGGAGAGCUGGGCAUUCAUUCCGGUGAUACUCUAAUAGUUGAAGAAGAUACAACCAAGCCCAAGACUGAUUCAUCUAUAGUUACAAAGCGGACUGUUUCUAAUUCGGUUAGAGAAGCUGUACCUGUGCUUGCCCGAAAGGUUGUUCCAGCUGACAACUCAUGUCUUUUUACCAGCAUAUAUUAUGUAGUAGAAGGUGGGGUUUAUGAACCAGGCUGUGCCCCAGAAAUGAGAAAUCUCAUUGCCCAAAUUGUAGCAAGCGACUUGGAAUCCUAUAGUGAGGCAGUCCUAGGAAAAAGUAAUCAGGAAUAUUGUGACUGGAUCAGAAGAGAAGAUACAUGGGGAGGUGCAAUUGAGGUUUCUAUAUUAUCUAAAUUCUAUCAGUGUGAAAUUUGUGUAGUUGAUACCCAGACAGUCAGAAUUGAUCGUUUUGGGGAAGAUGCUGGCUAUGCUAAACGGGUGCUUUUAAUUUAUGAUGGUAUUCACUAUGAUCCACUUGAACGUAAAAUCCCCAACUCAGACAUUCCUCCUCAGACAAUUUUUUCCACAAAUGAUGAUGUUGUCCUUGCACAGGCUUUGGAAUUAGCAGAGGAAGCCAGAAGAAAAAGACAGUUUACUGAUGUAAAUCGGUUUACAUUGAGAUGUAUGGUUUGUCAGAAAGGAUUAACAGGGCAAGUGGAAGCCAGAGAACAUGCCAAGGAGACUGGACACACCAACUUUGGAGAAGUGUGAAUUUUCUGUGAGGUUGGUCAUGUUUUCUACCUCACUGAUCCAGAACAAGCCUCCAGAUUUUAAAAUAAGCUAUAUGUAAUGUUACAGAUUCAUUCAAAGUUUGAAAGCCCUAAAUUUAAUUAUGGCUAAUAUGCACAGGGUUGCAGUUGAUAGUGUAAAAUGUUUACAAGAGUGCAUGCAGUGGUGUCAUAUUUUCCAAUAAUCUUGGAGUAUUCUUUUGCACAACUAAGAACUAGAGAUAGCAACUGAUAGCAACAGGUGUAUCAACUCUUGAAAAAGAAUCUAAGCAGCUGCUGAAGGAAUUCCUGUAACACAACUGAAUAUAUACAUUGCUGUAGCCAGCUAGGCCUGCAUCAAGGACUUUAGAAUCACUGAUGAAAUAAAAAUCUCAGCUCCAUUACUGGAUUUUUGAUUCUGGAAUCUAUGAAAUAGUUAAGAUGGUUCUAUUCAUAUCUGGAAAAAUUACUUGCAUCUCAGUUUUGUUCAUAUGAAAUGUAUAUGUUUUUGUAACUUAAAGCAGUAAUUCCAAAGCUAUCUUAUUUAAAAUUGCUCAUUUGGAAAACUGUGUUAAAAUAAGGAAUGCGAGUUACAUUUUCAGCAGUCUUAGAAAGUAAAGUUACUAAUAAAUUUGGAUAAUUCCAUGGUGCCUAAAUACCAGUAUACAUUAAUUAUUUUUUAAAAGGUAUAAUCUAUUUGGGUAUUAAUAUGUAUAAAUAACAGGGCCUUCAAAAUUGUAACAAACUCAGCAAUAUGAAUCAGCGUAUUCAUCAUAUGGAUAAAUAAUAUAUUGCAGCUAUAAUAUUUCAAGGGUUCCAUGACAUCAGAUUGUUAAAUUUAAUGUCAAACCUUAGAGGCAGAGUGGUAUGUUUCCAAAUUGUCCAUUUUUCUAAGUAUAGCAAUGUCCCUGAUAACUGUCAAAUUGUUCUCUUUGAAAGUAGUAUAUCAUAGAGAAAACCUUCAGAUGUGAAUACAUUGGAGGUAGAGGAAGGGAGGAAAAGGUAAUUGCCAACUGGGCUAGUGCUUCAUAUUAAAAACAAAACUUAGAGAUUUGCAAUCAAAAUCACAAAGUUUUGGCUAUUGGAAACCAUUGCACUCUGAUCUGAUUCGUUACAUGCACACAUCCUUUCACUGUUGUAGCUCUUAACUGAAAAACUCAUUCACUAUUAUAAGCCUUAUAAGUGUAUGUGUGUGUAUAUUGCAUACAUACACAAAUGCUGUUUGGUAAUAAAACGUGUUACGAAUAAUAUGGUUUGCAUGUGGUAGAAAAGUUAUAUUUAAUCUGGAGGGCUUUUGUAGGCGGUAGAAAAUGUAUUUGGAGAUUAUCUGAAUUAAAAUAAUUUACAAGUAAAUUUAAAAGGAAAGGAUUUAGCAUUUGAGAGAAAGGAAGAAAUUAAAAU